UUUUGACUGCGAAAUGUCCGUUUGUUUGUGUUUUAUUUACUUUUGAUAUUAUUUUUUUUGUUAUUUUAUUAUUUUAUCCCGUUUUACAUUAAGUUUGUAACUUUAUUUUCGCAACAAUGCAAAAAGAAAAAUCCUCCAAAACAAAUACAAAAAAAUCGCCAGACUUAAACGGAAACAACGCCCAAGUUACAAGAAAUGGUAUUAAGGAUCAAAUCGUAACCAGCGAUGGUCGCAUUUUUUACCCAUGUCAAUACUGCAACAAAGUCUUCCCAAUAAAAAAAUCACGUACUUUUCACAUAAAGAAAUGCCCUGCGAAAGACUACAUUUUGUCUGUCGAUGAAAGAAACAUUCCUAAAAAAGCCGCAAAUAAGAUUGAUAUUCAGCAGAACAUUGUAUUGAGUGAACAGAUGGAUGUGAGCGAGAUUCUAAAAUCGAAUUCACCUCCAAUUAAAAUAACAAUUCGACGAAAUGGGGCGCACGAUUCGGACGAGUUCACUGUGAGUAAUUCAUUGGUUUUGAAAGAAAAGAAUGAGGCAAUUGAAGAUUUCAAUGCACUUGCUAAGCGUCUGCAAAGUAAUGCAGUGACUUUAAUCAAGCAACCGAAAAAGGAAGAUGAGGAAAAGCCAAAAUCUGAAGGCGAUUCAAGUAGCAGUGAAUCAAUCAAAGAGGAUUCAGAUGAGUCAAAUGAAACAACUUGCCGAGAGUGUACAAAGGAGUUCGGAUCACCUCUAGAAUUGCUCAGACACUCCAGAAAAUGCCACUCAUAUCCAAAAGUUGUGAUGGCAUUAAGUGAAGUCAAAAAGUUUUACUCAGUUAAAAACAGGUCCGAAUGUCCUAUUUGUCAUAAACCUUUAAAAACUAGUUUUCGCUCUGCGUUUGUUAAACACCUGCAUACUCAUACAAAUGAGAUGAAGUACUCUUGUCACGUUUGUAAGAAGAAGUUUCGACGAUCCGAUCAUAUGAAAGCUCAUGAGAAGAGGCAUAUUAUUAAAGAUAAGAAAUAAUUUUUUCAUUCUUUAAAUUUAUGUUUCUUAUAGGAAUUUAAUUUAUUACUAGACUCUUGGUUAAGUUUUAGUUAUAAGAAACUCAUUGUUUAGUUGUAAUGCCCUUCAUUACUUUUUUAGUAACUCAUGUUUCUAGGCAGUUUUAUAAAAAUUGAUUUAUGUUUUCAACUUACAGCAAUAUAAAAUG